GCGAGGCUAAGCCAUAUUUAUUGAGAAAAGACAAGUAUAUUAGCCAGAGCCCCUUUGCUGGCUUGUGGAGUUUCUGUGCGCCAGCCCACGUCAUCUGAUCUGCUUUUAGUGCCUUUUCUGCUCAGUCAUAUCGCCCUCAAGAGUGCGAAGCGUAUCAGCGCGGGACUGGACCGGACCGGACUGGACUGGACUGAGAGGCAAAAAAAAACAAAAACAACAACACUCUCAGCGCACAACUCGGGGCUGUCGCCCGCGUCUCGGUCCUCUCUGUGCUCACACCUAUAACCAUCACACGAGCGAAAGAAAGAAAGAAAGAAAGAAAGAAAGAACGAAACGGCGGGUGCGUUAAAAAGCCCCCAAAACAACAACAACAACAACCCGUUAGAGGUCCAGCGGUAGGAAGUCAUGACUUUUCUGAGCUCCGAGGACCUUUGCAGACGACAGACAGCGUGACACUGACAAGGUCGGGAAUCCCGCGUCUGAAGCGGAAAAAAAAAAUCCCUCAGCGACGCUCGGAGAGGGUUUGGAUUGGAUCAGCGCCGCGCACACUGGGGGCAAAAACUCUUCCAGAUAUACUUCGCCCUCCUCUCUCCUUCCUCCCACAGCCCUUACGCGGAGAGUGGCACCAAACCAAAUCUGAUUUUGGGAGGAGAGAGAGAGAGAGAGAGAGAGAGAGAGAGAGGAAAAAAAAAAGGGGGAACUGAAAGGGCCCAUUUAGUUUAAAAAAUGGUUAUGUUCUUUUCAGUCCGACUGCUGAUCUGACACAUUCGCGGUGAUUUAAGGAUUUUGGAUGAGCCGCAAUCAGAUAGCAAAAGAGAAUUAUUCCAGAAGAUUGACCUAAAGAUUCCCCCCCCCCAUCCCAAAAAAAAAAGAAAUUGGCGUAUGUUCAGAUGGUUUGGAAGAGCGGAUGGCUGUGAAGGUGUUAAAUGUGACAGUUUUUGAGGGGUGUCGGCAGAGCAGAUGUUGACGGGACCUGGUCUGGGGCUGUCUGAGGCGUUUCUUUUUAAGGACGUGAGACCCAAGCGCACUGAGCUCUAUGUGGCUUCCAAAUCACUUGGCUACAAGAUGUUACUUACAAGUCGGGCCAGUGGUUCUGGGGCCCCAGAUCAGAUCUGUCUGCACUUCGUAGCACUAUAGAGCCGUAAAGACCGUCUGCCCACUCUGCUCCAUUUGCAUCAAUAGCCAGCAGUCGAGGAGGAUUUCCCGGAGAUUCCCCCCCAAAGUCAACCCCGAGUCACUGCAGUAACUGAUUUGAGGGACGUCACCCGCAGGUUACUAUGCAAUUUCGACUGAUUUCUGUGGUUCUAAUUUUAUUAAACUGUAUGGAAUACAUUGGCAGCCAAAACGCCUCCAGAGGAAGGCGGCACAGAAGAACGAACACAAAUGUGGGACAAGGUUGUCCUAACGGGUGUGAUCGAUGUUCUGAGUACAAUGGAUGCCUGUCAUGUAAACCCAGACUCUUCUUCUUUUUGGAGAGGAAUGGGAUGAGGCAGACUGGUGUCUGUCUCUCCUCCUGCCCAAGUGGAUACUAUGGAAUCCGAACACGAGAAAUGAACAAAUGCACAAGAUGCAGAGCAGACAACUGUGAUACCUGCUUCAACAAAAAUUUCUGUACAAAAUGCAAAGCGGGAUUCUAUUUGCAUAAAGGAAGGUGUUUUGACAUCUGCCCUGAAGGGUUUACUCCUAAUAAUCAGACAAUGGAGUGUGCUACUGCCGUACACUGUGAAGUAAGUGAGUGGAGUCUGUGGAGCCCCUGCACAAAGCGAGGGAAGACAUGCGGCUUCCGGAAAGGCAGUGAGUCGAGGAGCCGAGAGAUUGUGCAGCGCUCUUCAGCACAUGGGAACCCAUGUCCGAAGACCAGUGAGACAAGGAAGUGUACUGUCCAGAAAAAACGGUGCCCCAAAGGAGGAAAAGGAAGUAAGGACAAAGAGAAGAGAAAAAAGAAAUCAAACAAAGAGGGCAAUAAAGAAGACUCACAAGACAAGCAAACAAAAGAGAGCAGUCGGGGCAAGGAACAUAGAGGCAACAGGGAAGCACGAGAAAAGAAAGAAAAACCUGAAAACAAGAAGCGAAAGAGGCAGAAUAAGAAACAGAUACCCACAACAGUGAGCACGGUUCACUAAAGGCCUCACUUGGUUGCUGAGAUUUCUGAUGCUGCUAUGUAUUAACAAGCUAACCUAUAGAGGUGCACUGUAUAAUGGAUCCAGUGCUGGAUUCCUACUUCUAAAUCUUACUCCUGACCUUCAUGGACACUGCUAUUCAUUUCAAGGACUUCAGCUGAAGCCGAAAAUGUAGAUGUACCUAAGUUUAUAUGACAUUAUGCAUAAUUAACCCUUGCCCUACUGAAUAAAUGGGAACUCCGUAUGGUUAGCACAACAAAUAUCGUGACUAGCCCUUUAAGGGUUAAAAAAAGAGCCAAUUAUGAGAAAAGGUAUUCCAGUUAAGCGAAGUCUUUAGCUUCUGCGCAGGAGAUUCCUCAUCAAAUAUAAUAUGCAUUUGUGCAUGUUCUGGUUUCUAUAUAAAAUGACAACAGGAUUUUUUUUCUUUAAUUAUUAACAGACUGCUGCCUUGUAAUAUAGUGGAAUGUAAUAAAUGUCAUUUGAAACCUGGAGGACCAAUUGUUACCUUUCUUUAAAGUGUCAUUUUUAAGUUUCUGUUUAUGGACCUCUGUAAGAAACAGUGCGCACACUAAAAACUAGUGUGAUUUUUGUCAACAGAUGCCACUAAACUCCUUAAAAGCACCUGUAUUUCAAAUAAAAAAUAUAUUUCCUGUG